AUGGUAAUCUUGUCGACAUUUCAUCUUUUAGGACUCCGAAAGAACAGAGGUAUGAAUAUCAUCAUGUUGAAGGCCCCUGGCUCAUUGUUUCUUCGGCAGAUUAGUGCUGGCCCAAGUCGAAACCCUGCAUUAUUUACUCUAGGUUUGCAUGCAGCAGAAAUAAGAAGGUUUUACGCUAAGAAAUCCCUAAAAAGGCCAGUAAAAAAACUAAGAACAGUUCCAUUUGCUAUUCCAAAUUAUAUUUCUGUGAGUAAACUUGCUAAUCUGCUUAGCUGCAGAAUGGAAACCUUAAUACAGGAUUUGACAAAAUUGGGAUUCGCUAAUAUUACACAAGGUUACAUUCUAUCAAAAGAAUACGUCGAAUUAAUCUUGCAAGAGUAUAACUAUCAGCUACCAAAUACCUCGGCUGCGAUAAACCCGGAAAACGUGUACGAUGAAUUGAAGUCACCAGCAGAUCCAAAGAUGUUACAAAGAAAGCCCCCGGUGGUAACUAUUAUGGGGCAUGUUGAUCAUGGAAAGACUACAAUAAUUGAUUUUUUGAGGAAGUCUUCAGUCGUCGCUCAAGAGCAUGGUGGAAUUACCCAGCAUAUUGGUGCAUUCCAAGUCGUAACGCCGUCUUCAAAGCGAAGGAUCACUUUCUUAGAUACACCAGGGCAUCCAGUUUUUUUGAAGAUGAGAGAAAGAGGUGCUAAUAUCACAGAUAUAAUCGUUUUAGUAGUAUCAAUUGAAGACUCAAUAAUGCCCCAAACAAAAGAAGCUAUCAAACACGCUAAAAAUUCCGGAAAUGAGCUGAUUAUUGCAAUCACUAAAAUUGAUCGAAUUUCCCACCCCAAAGAAAGAGAAAAGGCAAUAGAAAGGAUAACCAACGAUUUAAUAGCGCAAGACAUACCAGUUGAGAAAAUUAGUGGGGAUGUGCAAGUAAUUCCUAUAAGUGCUCGCACUGGUGAAAAUAUGGAUCUUUUGGAAGAAUCUAUCGUUUUAUUAAGUGAUGUUAUGGACAUUAAGGCGGAGAGUUCUGUUAGAACCAUUGCGGAAGGUGUAGUACUUGAAAGUGAAAUAAAAAAGUCAGUUGGCAAUGUGGCAACCAUAAUAGUUAAGAAAGGUGUUUUACAGAAAGGCAAAAUUUUGAUAUGUGGGAACACAUAUUGUAAAAUUAAAAAUAUAGUCAACGAGGGCAAUAAUUCAAUUACGAAAGCUGUCCCAGCUGAUGCUGUUGAGGUAACUGGGUGGAAGAAUAUACCAAUAGCCGGCGAUCAGGUAAUAGAGGUGAAGAAUGAAUCCAUUGCAAAGAAAUUCAUUUCCAAAAGGAUGGGAUUAUUGGAAGUGGAAAAGGAGGGCGCAACUGUGGAAAAGUUAAAUGAUCAAAGGGCGAUUGAAGCACUUAAAAAGUCGAAUGACGAGAAUGAAGAUGAAUUUGCAGAUGUUACCGGUGAAAAACCAUUGGAACAAGAAGGACCCAAAAAAGUUAAUUUUAUUAUUAAGGGUGACGUAACGGGUUCUUUGGAGGCUAUAAACGAAAGUAUAUCCGAUAUGGGUAAUGAAGAAGUGCAGUGUCAUGUUGUAUCAGCAUCUGUCGGUAUUCCUAACGAGGGUGAUAUAAAAAUGGCUCGAAUCACCGACAGUAUAAUCAUUUGUUUCAAUCUCGGGAGCUUGCCAAACGAGGUGAUGAACAACAAGGAGCACGUUGAAAUCAGGCAAUACAAUGUGGUUUAUAAGCUGAUUGAAGAUGUUACGGAAAUUCUCACAAAUAAUUUGAAACCGCUGUAUGAAAACAAACAAACAGCAACCGUUGACAUCCGUGAAAUAUUUGAAUUUCAAUUGAAAAAGAAAAUUAUUAAAAUCGCGGGCUGUAGGGUGAGUAACGGACAGAUCCGUAGGAAUUCAGUAGUACAAGUUGUUCGUGGACCAGAAAAACAAGUUAUUUACGAUGGUCGUCUAGCUACAUUGAAGCAAGGUAAAGAUGACUCAGCAGAGAUAUCGAAGGGAAAUGACUGUGGCAUAACUUUUGAUAAGAACUUUGAGGACUUUGAAGCCGGUGACAAAAUUAUUGUGUAUGAAAAAGUGAAAGUUCCCAGGUUUCUGUGA